AAUCUUUCAGUGGCUGCCACGACACUGAAUUAUUGUUAAACCUGACUAUUGAUGUAGUGAAAUGUGUACUUGAAACUCGAAUAACGUUCAUGUUAUCGUCGAAGGUUACAGUUUUAUAGAAAAAUCAAAUCGGUAAGUGACAAAUUUCAGCACUACGAAAAUCAGUGGAAUGUGAACUUUGGAAUUCUUAUUGUUCCAACCUGAUGUAUGAUGGCAGAAAUCUAGAAGUAAUAUCAGCUAGUGGAGACAAAGCAUUCAUUGACUUCUGACAAAACCGAGGCACCCUACCACUGAUUCGUUAUUGAAAGUGAUGAUUCUUCGACCAAAAUGAAUGCUAAUACGAAAAGCGACGAAAAAUACCCGCUAUUAUAUUUGAUCGUAGACAAGGAUGACGGGGGAUCUAGCAAUAACAGGAAAUUCUUCGACAGGAGAACAGGAAUAACAUCCGGCGCAUCGAAUAUACUGGAACAAUGGCCUGGAUAUUUGAGCACCUGCUGGGUCUCCUCGUUGGUCUUCAUUCUGGCCAUCCUCUCCAUGUUCGUCCUUCUGAUGACAGCCCUCUCCACCUACAAGUUCCACCGAAUACCCAGGUGUAUCGCUGGCGAAAACCCCAUGCUGGACAACAGCACCAUCCACCUGGUGCACGGAACAGAUCCUUGGAACCAGCAACAGUUAGACAUGGUGGAAAAGGUCAUUCAGGUCUUCCCAAACCACAGGAUCCACCUGAUGUUGAUCAAGAGACAAACUUAUUCGAACGUGUUCGAAGAAGUACCAAUUAGCAUCCCUACGGACAAACCCAGCACUCCCAGUCCCACAGCCCAAACAGCCUCCUCUAGGAAGUUGCUGAGACUUUUCGAUGAUCCGAUUGAGAAGACGAACAGCGGUCUGUUCGGUAAAGACGACAUGGCUGGAGAUCUCAACAGCGAACCCCUGUUGGGAUGGCCCUUCUUCGACCCCAGAGACUUCAUCAACACCUUCUUGAAACGAUCCAUGAGGAAACCGAUACUGAAGAGCCGUUCCACCACUGUGAAACCGUUCAAGGUCACCAGUAUAGCGGCACUUCUUCUAAGAUACCCAGCCAUCUUUGUGGAAACUCUAACGUUCGAGGAAGCUUUUGAGAAGUCUCCACUUUUCCUGACGUGGCAUCAUCUGAACGACGAAACGAAAAUAUUCGCCAUACGUGUACUCCAACUAUGGCAGUAUGGCGGACUAUCAUUCGACCUGGUACGGACCAAAAACAUGUCAGAGGCUUACUCCCCGACCACCGAAAACAUUUUGGUAACCACGGAUAACGGUGCAAUCGAAAAUUCUACCCUUUCGAAGGAGGUCAAUAAGGACAUUCAAGAUAAAGAAAACGACGAAUCUAAUACCUACGUCGAUUCUUUGCUCUACCUAGGAUAUUCAAACUUUCAGAUGAUACCAGGUGGUAUCGUUACUUUAGCAGAGAACGGUUGUCACAUGGAGACAAAGUCCGCAUGUCAUUCCUUCUUUGGAGAGAUUCUGUUCAAUUUGAAAUACGCAUCUAGACUGACAACUCCUGAGGAUAUUAUAAAAGGAGCUUUGAAAUAUUUUCUAAAACCUCCACAUAAGAGUUAUAAGAGACCGUGAGAAUCUAUUAGUACGAUUUUUAUGGGGUGAUUUUGUAUGCUUUGAACAAAUGUAUAAAUAUAUUUACUUAUUAACUUUU